AUGUCGUCAGAUACCUACCACCGAUCCGAGAACGCCGAGGCGUAUCGAAAGAAUGCGUCGUUCGUGUUUUCAUCUGAAUACACCGCGCCCGUUCUUAGGCUGUUGGAUGCACAACCCGCGGACAAGAUUCUGGAUCUGGGAUGUGGCAGCGGCGAGCUGACCAUGGCAAUAGCGCGCAUCUUGGGCGCCAACGGCUGCGUGACCGGUCAAGAUAUCAGUGACGAUAUGAUUCGUCAAGCGAAGCUCGACUACGAAAAGCAGGCCAAGUUGCUGCCGGACCUUGCCAAGGCUCGAUUCGUUGUGCAGGAUAGCCAUGACACGCCCAACAUGUACGAUGCCGAAUCAUUCGACAAGGUCUUCAGCAACGCUGCGCUACACUGGAUGAAACGCUCACCAGCAACAGUGCUGUCAAAUGUCUAUGCUGUCCUUCGACCGGGUGGCCGAUUCGCUGCAGAGAUGGGCGGUUUCAUGAACUGCCUCGGUGUGCGUUCGCACCUCCAUCUCGCGCUAAAACGACGCAACGUCGAUCCCGACCGCUUGGAUCCAUGGUUCUUCCCCACGCCGGCCGAAUACACCAAGCUACUUCAAGCCGCCGGCUUCACAGUCGAGUCGUGCCAACUAGUACCAAGGCUCACUCCACUUCCCAAGCAUUCUGGACUCAACGGUUGGCUCAAGACAUUCGCUGGACCUUUUCUAAACGCAAUCUCACUCCAACAAGAGAGAGACGAGAUCGUCAGUGAGGUGCAAGACGCGCUCAGACCCGAUGCUUACGAUGCCGAGACAGAGGUUUGGAGCGUUAUGUAUGUUAGGCUCAGGGUGCUCGCUCACAAGCCGGAGCAAGCGAAAGGCGUCUGA